UCUAAUGUUUGGAAGCAAGUCAUUCCAGUCGUGCCUGUCGCAGAGUUCGUAUAUUUUAUUUUUUACUAACAAAUUAAAUAAAAACUAAAAUUAUGGCGGAGCUGCAUCAAAUUGCCAAUGCCCAGCCCGAUGAUGACGACUCUCAAUUGAAAGUGAAGAUUGUAAUUGAAUUGACGGACAAGUCACCCAAGAAACGACGCCCGAAAAAGACCCAUGUGGAGAUUGUACCGGAGCAGCAAGUCCGUCCUUAUAUCGUCCAUCGUUUGGAAACUCAACUCAUGGAUGUCCAGACAGAGCUGCAAGCAAUGAGCGACGGUCUCGAUGCAUUGGAGAACACCGAAGAGAUGCACUCAACCGAAGAGCAAGUUGGUGUUAAUGUUUGCUUAUUUCUCGUCUUGUUGAUUCUGAUCAAUAUUGGCAUAUGGAAUUUCAAGGAUUACAUUUUUGGGAACAGCACCGAGGAGGAACGUUACCAGGCAAAGAUGCGCAAUUCGAGUGCGUCAGUCAAAUGUUGGCUAUUUGUGCUGCGACACCUCCAUGUUCCCAUCAUCUAA